AAACACCCCGCUUGGAACAACAACAUCCGCAUCGUCACUUCCGCUCACUGCCUGACAAACAUGGCGCUGCUUCUAAGGACUUUGUCUCGUCAGGGUGUCUGUCUCUCAAAACCUCACUACCAUGUCCUCUACAGACAAGCUGCUCCAAUGGGAACCACAGCUAAAGAGGAGAUGAACAAGUUUUGGGCCAAAAAUUCCAGCUUAAACAGACCCAUGUCUCCACACAUCACAAUUUACAAAUGGUCCAUUCCCAUGAUGAUGUCCAUCACACACAGAGGAACCGGAAUUGGACUCAGUGGAGCCAUUUCAGCCUUUGCCAUGGCAGCGUUGAUCUUGCCUGGAAACUACACCCACUACUUGGACCUGAUCCACUCGUUGUCCGUCGGUCCUUUCUUAAUUGGGCUGGCAAAAUUCGGCAUUGCCUUUCCCGUGUCUUAUCAUACCUACAAUGGCAUCCGUCACCUGUAUUGGGAUAUCGGGAAAGGCUUCAAAAUUCCAGAGGUCUACCGCACCGGCUACACAGUCAUCGGCCUGUCUGUCAUCACCUCCAUAGCUUUGACUUUGAUGUGAAGGGAUCAUGGACUAUAUGAAGUGUAAAAGUUUUGUUUAUACGUUGUGGCUUGCUAUUAACCUUUCUUCAUCAAAAAUAAAGGAUAAUAUUAUGCUGUAGCCA